AGCCCAGUAGUUUCCAUAAACUGCAACAAGCAAGUAGUGUUGGUUCCUUGGUUACAUUAUAGUACUAAACUAUAGCAGUUAAUCAGCAGUUGUUACAAUGGUUGCUGUCGAAAUUCCUACAUUGGUGCUUCCAAACUCCUCUUCCCAACAGAAGGUGCCAGUGGUCGGAAUGGGUUCUGCACCAGAUUUCACCUGCAAGAAAGACACAAAGGAAGCAAUCAUUGAAGCCAUAAAACAAGGCUACAGACACUUUGACACUGCUGCUGCCUAUGGCUCUGAGCAAGCUCUUGGUGAAGCCUUGAAAGAAGCAGUUGAACUUGGCCUUGUCUCUCGCCAAGACCUCUUUGUCACGUCAAAGCUUUGGGUCACUGACAAUCAUCCUGAUCUUGUUGUUUCAGCUUUGCGCAAAUCACUCAGAACUCUUCAACUAGAGUACUUGGAUCUUUAUCUUAUUCACUGGCCUCUUAGUUCUCAACCUGGAAAGUUUUCUUUUCCCAUUGAAGUAGAAGAUCUCUUGCCUUUUGAUGUGAAGGGUGUGUGGAAAGCCAUGGAAGAAUGUCAAAAGCUUGGCCUCACUAAAGCUAUUGGAGUCAGCAACUUCUCUGUGAAGAAACUUCAGAAUCUGUUGUCUGUUGCUACCAUCCUUCCUGUGGUGAAUCAGGUGGAAAUGAACCUUGCAUGGCAACAAAAGGAACUGAGAGAGUUUUGCAGUGCAAAUGGUAUAAUCAUAACUGCAUUUUCACCUUUAAGGAAAGGUGCAAGCAGGGGUCCAAAUGAAGUGAUGGAUAAUGAUGUACUGAAAGAAAUUGCAGAUGCUCAUGGCAAAUCCAUAGCUCAAAUUUGCCUUAGAUGGUUGUAUGAACAAGGAGUCACUUUUGUUCCAAAAAGCUAUGAUAAGGAGAGGAUGAACCAAAAUUUGAAGAUCUUUGAUUGGGCAUUGACAGAAGAAGAUCAUACUAAAAUAAAUCAAAUUCAUCAGAGUCGUUUAAUCGCUGGACCCACCAAGCCACAGCUCAAUGAUCUUUGGGAUUAGAUAUAAAUUACUGCUUCGUGUUUGGUGUUUGAAAUUCACGUAUGUUAGUAUGAAGAGCUUUGGAACAAGCUCAGUUUACUUAUGUUGAGGUUUAAAUAAAUGAUUCUACUUCUUGUUUGUGUUGCACAA